UGUUGUGGCCAACACGCCCACCGCCGUCUGAUCUUAUUCCGAUCUUGACGUUUAGUCAUCGACAUUAAUUUUUAAUCUGCCCAGUCUUAGCCAUUCAUAUUAUUGUUAAUAGUGAUAACCCCAUUUACUCAUCAGAAACCAUGGAAAAUUCCAAUAAUCAUUUAGAUGUGGAGAAAAAGUCAGAAAGAUCUGAAACUGUUGACUUGAAUGACAACACUCUUCAAGUUGACAUAUCAGAUGCACUCAGUGAAAGAGAAAAGGUUAAAUUUACUGUCCACACAAAGACUACUCUGAAAGAUUUUGUCAAGCAGGAUUUUUCUGUUGUUCGCCAACAUGAAGAGUUCAUUUGGCUACAUGAUCGUUUUGAGGAAAAUGAGUCAUAUGCUGGAUAUAUUAUCCCACCACCACCCCCCAGACCAGACUUUGAUAGUUCUAGGGAGAAGUUGCAGAAACUUGGAGAAGGAGAGGGUUCAAUGACGGCAGAGGAAUUCAAAAAAAUGAAGCAAGAGCUAGAAGCAGAGUACUUGGCCACAUUCAAAAAAACAGUUGCUAUGCAUGAAGUUUUCUUAUGCAGACUGGCGAAUCAUCCCAUAUUCAGAGCUGAUACGAACUUUCGUGUUUUUCUUGAAUACGAACAAGAUUUGUCCGUACGAGGAAAAAACAAAAAGGAGAAACUGGAAACAUUCCUUCGAUCGUUUUCUAAAACGACUGACGAGAUAUUGCUUGGGUCUACACAAAAGGACGUUGACGAGUUUUUCGACAAGGAAAAGAACUUUCUCUUAGACUAUCAUUCACUGUUAAAAGAUGCAACCCUUAGGGCUGACAAAAUGACCAAAGCUCAUAAAGACGUGGCGGAUCACUUUAUCAAAAUCUCCUCGUGCUUGCUGGAAAUGGCUACGGCCGACACAAAUCAGUUGGAGCGUUUUGCCACGAAAUCUGCUGAUAUCUUUGAAAAGGCCAGGAAGAUUGAAAAUAGAGUCUCAACUGAUGAAGAUCUGAAACUUUCCGACACGCUACGCUAUUACAUGCGCGAUACGACGGCGGCGAAAAAUUUAUUAUAUCGCCGCCUACGUUGUUUGGCCGACUACGAGGCUGCUAAUCGGGCCCUAGAGAAGGCCCGAGCCAAGAAUAAAGACGUCCAUGCGGCUUUAGAGGUGGCAGACGUAAGUAGGCUUUGGGGCAAUAUUUGUUAGGCUUAGUAUCAAAUUCCAAGGGUUCGAACUGUGCGUCCUAAUUUUAGUAACUAUUGGAUUUUCAUUAGGCCGAAUGGUCCCAGCAUCAAGCGUGCGAGAAAUUUGAACAAAUGUCCGCCAAAGGGAAAGAAG